UUUUUUUUUUCGCGCCGAACUUUCCACGACCUUGGACUUUGUGUUUACUGUUUACGUGAUCAGCUGAUGAGCCGGGGCGCGCGUGGAGGUGCUGAGUGCUGAGUGCUGCUUGAGGUGGUGCUGGUGAACUGGUGGUGAUGAGAAAGUAGGAGCUAGUGAUGAGAUGUUCCCUCGUUCAUUGUGCAGCCUGAGGACUCGGUGAUGACACGAGAGUAAUAAUGCAAGAAAUAUUGUGACAAGCGUAGACCCUUUGCCACCGCCAAGACAGGUGGUGAACGAGUGAAGAGACAUUGUGGCGGCCUCACAGCGUCCCAAGGAUACAGCGUCAAAGAUGCGGCAGCAAGUCCUAAGUCGCCUUCAGGUGCUAAACCGGAUCCUCUCAACUCCAAGGAUACAACAAAGUCCAGUGUUCACUUCUCAUCUACCAAUUCGUCUUUGUUCAGAUGCCUCAAAAGUUACAAUUGGUGAUGUGUCAAAGCAGCUCAAAGAACCCCUGCACCCACAGCUUGUGCCCUCUGGAUAUUUACAGCGAGAUCCCCCUCAAGCCUUCCUGAAGCACCUGCGAUGGCUGCUGCAGAAGGACAAGCUGGCACAAGAUGUCUUCCUAAUAGGCCCUCCAGGCCCUCUGCGGAGGCUGCUGGCGCUCUCCUACUUAGAGCUCACCAAACGGGAGUUAGAAUUCAUCACACUGACCAGAGACACGACAGACACUGAUCUCAAACAACGGAGGGAGAUAAGAGGUGGAACGUCCUUCUACCAUGACCAGAGUGCAGUUCGAGCAGCCAUAGAGGGAAGGGUCCUCAUCUUGGAGGGUGUUGAGAAAGCUGAGAGAAAUGUGUUGCCAGUGCUGAAUAACCUCCUUGAAAACAGAGAAAUGCAGCUUGAGGAUGGGCGGCUCUUGAUUGCCAGUCAGAGAUACGACAAACUUCUGGAGGAGCACACUCAGGAGGAACUGGACAGCAUGCGCCUCGUACGAGUGAGUCAGGACUUCAGAGUCAUCGCUUUAGGGCUUCCCUCGCCCCCCUACCAGGGCCACCCCCUUGACCCUCCCCUGAGGUCAAGGUUUCAGGCCCGAGACAUAUCGUGUCUGCCAUUCAAGGUAAGGUUUUGA